GUGGCUAAUGUUCGAAUCUUCGUGUUCGUCACUGAGACUCUGUAGAGAAAAACCCUAACAUUUUCCGGUGAGAGAUGAGUAUCAUCCUUAGGGCAAUCAGAUCGAGUUUGAGUCUCCGGCCAUUGGAUCAGGUCAGUCGUAAAUCUCUUCCAUUUAUUCAGGAGUCUAGGAAAUGUCUAUCUACCGUCACAGAGCAGCCUCCUUUCUCUCCGUUACCACCGUCUCCGGGAGCUUCUCCGAUCGACGGAUUAAACAGGCCGUCGGAAGAAGGGAGGUUGUAUGGGAAAUUUUCAGGCGUCUCAAAACAUACGCUUAAGACUGAUGUUAUGAACAUACUUGAGGGAUGCAAUGUGACACCAGAUGAUCUCAAAUUCAGCUAUAUGCGUGGUGGAAACUUAAAUCCUGCAGCAGUUUAUGUGCAAUUCCCUUCCCGUUCCUCAUAUGAUAGCGCAAUGGGGACAAUCGCGAAGAAGGGAAGGCUAUAUAGAUUAGAAAGGGCUACUCGUUCUCAGUGGGAUCCCAUUGUUCCUUACGACGGGAAAGUGAUUGCACUACAUGGGCUUCCGCGGAAUGUUGUAAUAGAUGACAUAGACAGGUUCUUAUCCGGCUGUCUCUAUUAUCCUGGAUCCAUCCAGUUCCUCACAAUCCAAGGACUCGGAAGGCCUAAGAGGGUGGCAUUGGUGCGUUUCACAUCACAGACACAGGCAAUGAACGCAUACAUUACAAAGAACCGUAACUUCCUUCUCAACAACCGAAUCACGUUGCAAGUUCUGCAGUAAUUUCUUAGUUCCCUCUCCAUUCUCGUGGUGUACUCCAACGGCAAGAAACUGGAAGCACGUUGUUUUGUGUCAUUCCUGUUGCUAUGUUCUAGUUCAAUUUGAUUUUCUAAAUUUCUAUCUGCAAAUUCGAUGAUGCUGAAAUUACUGUUGUUGUCUCUGUUUUUUCUGGUUCAGUCUGAUGUUCACAAAUAACAAAUUCAGGUGUCUUAAGUAUAAGAGCAGAUUUCAACUGUGA